ACCUCGCAUCUGUAGCCAUAUUUUUCUUACCUCCAUCGCUUCCUGCAGCUCUCUCUCUGUAUCGGUAGAAUUACUUCGCUCCGACAUACUCGUGAUAUCAAAACAUGGAAAGCCUACUUCGCUGGAGUAUUGCCAACUCCACUCCUCAGGACGCCAAUCAGCCACCACCACGGCCGAGGACUGACCUCGACCCCGGAAUCAUAGAUGCGAUUCUCGGGAAGCCGGACGCAGAGCUGAUGAAGGAGGCCUUAGCAGUCGCGGUAGACGAGAAGCGCGACGAAGACGAGCGGAUACAGGCGUUGGAUGACUUCGAGAUGCUCGUUGAGCAGAUCGACAACGCGAACAACCUCGAAAAGCUCAGGAUGUGGGAGCCCCUCCACUCGCUGCUCACCAGCCCCAACUCCUCCGAAGCGAUCCAGAUGCAAACCCUCUGGAUCCUCGGCACCGCCGUCCAAAACAACCCCGCCGCCCAGAACUCCUACCUCGCGCUCUCCCCCCUGCGCGCGCUCCUCUCUUUCCUCUCGCCCACCGUCCGCUCGGGCAAAACGCGCUCGAAGGCCGUGUACGCGCUCUCCGGCCUCCUCAAGCACAACGCCAAGGCCGUCGCGCAGAUGUCCGACGCCAACGGCUGGGACGUCCUCCGCGACGCGCUCUCCGACUCGGACAUCACCGUCCGCCGCAAGGUCGCGUUCCUCCUCAGCACGCUCCUCAUCCCCGCCGAGCCCCCUGCGGCGUCGUCCAACGCUCAGCAGCAGCCGGCGAACGUACAACAGCCGUCGCAGAUCCCGACCUCCGAGAGCGGGGUCGCUGCUGCUGCGUCCCAGCCCGCUCCUCAGCCUCAACCUCAGCCUCAGUCCCAGUCCCAGUCCGUCACUCUGCACCCAACCGAGUCCUCCUCUACCACGCAGCCCAACACCGAGAUCUCUUCACCGCCCCCGCCCCCGCCCCCGCAAGCCGUGCACCCGAACUCGCACGCGUCCAUGGUCGCCGACCCGUCCUCGUACGCGACCUCCCCGCGCACGGCCGCCGCGCUCGAGCAGAACGGCACCGUCAGCACGCUCGUGUCCGCGCUCGCCUCCCCCGUCCCGCACGGGCCCGACGGAGAGGCUGAGGGCGACGCCGACUUCGAAGAAAAGGUGUUGCGCACGCUACACACGUACACUGUUGGGUGCCAGCGCCCGCUCGAGGGGCAGGACAAGGAGGCGCUGGGCAGGUGGCUGGACGAGCAGAGCCGCAGGGCGGGCGGGGCGGAGAAGGCCGCAGAGAGGUGGGGAUUCACGGGAGAGGAGGUCAGGGAGCUGAGGGAGGCGACUGCAUGAUGGGAGUGGGAUGACGGAAGAGCGGGUUGCGGAUCCCCUGCGAUGUGUAUUUGUAGUCUAAUGGCGUAGCAUCUCUAAUCGGACUUUCUGCCAGCAAUGCUUGGGAUGGUCGCGAGUGUUGUAUGAUAUCCAAGCGUACCCCGAGGGGGUGAUAUAAUAUAGCAGAGACGUGAUUCUAUCCUAUCCUGUCUUACCCUAUCGCGUUAUCUAAAGUAUCGGCGUGAGACACGAACCAUUAUGUUGCAUAGAUCCAAAAGCUUGAUACCGGUCGUCGUGUCAUAAGAGUCCCAUCCAGAUGUACCGUCCCAGCCACGGAAAGACCGACCGCAGGACGAUCUUACUCCGUGGAUAUCCACCACGUCGGAUAAAGGCCGAAGCAUUACUGCAGCUCCCGCGGCCACUCCCUGCGCGGCCUCCACCGGCCCUCCACACCAAACCGCGGGUUAACGACGUAGCUCAAGCCGUCGUCAGGACUCUGUCCGACAGGCAGGAACCACAUCCACACCCGGUCCCCCAUGACCGCCUCCCAGUUCCGCCGCCUGCUCCCCAGCCACCACAGGUGGCCCUCCUUCCCGAUGCGCCCCCACUCCUCGUCCCACUGCCUGCGCGUCUCCCGCCGUGCCGCGAGCUGCCACCGCGCGUGGAGGCGGCCCAAGACGCGCUUCUCGCGCUCCUGCAUCCGGCGCACGCCCAUGUGCUCGACGGUCGACAUGUUGUCCGCGAUGAGGAUGACGUGCGUGACGAGCAGCGCGGUCGUGAAGAUUGCGAAGAAGCCGGAUAGGGCGAUGACGGCGAUCUCCUGACCGUCUACGUCGAAGUCUGGUCGGUUCUGCGCUGCGGCGCGCGCGACGAGCCCGAUGAGUGUUGAGCAUACGAAUGCGCAGAAGAGGAGCGCCCAGAAGACGAAGAUGAGGAAGAAUUUGUGAUUUCGCGCACCGACGCAUUGUCCUACCCACGGACAGUGGUGAUCGUACUUGAGGACGCAGGUCCCACACGCUCGACAAUGGUGCGCUCUGAACGGUUUUAUGAAUCCGUCUUUAUGGCAAUACCUGUUCUCCGGUAGGAGCACUGGCGUUUUGGGAGGGCUGCGCGUGUACAUCAUAGGCUUGCGCUCCUGCUCCGUUUGGGUGGCCUGCGUAUCCUCUCGCUCGAGGCGCGCAGGGGGACCCGAAUCUGCAGUGGCCUUCGCACGCACAGCCUGGACUGGUGCGAGCGUGUCAAUCACGCCAACGUUCUCCUCCCCCGUCGGCGCCUUAGCAUGGCCGUUCUGCGAGGCCUUCUGCGCGCUGAUGGAGCCAGAGAUACUCCGCUUGUGUGCAGAUUCCGAUCGUCUGCGCUGUUUGCGCUCGGGUUGGGGAGGGUUUCGCGCCGCUCCGUACUGCGCCUGGGCGAGGUCAGCCUCACUUUCGGUGUCCCACCACGUCGGGAGGCCUGUUCGGGGCGGGGCGGAGGAUUUGUGCACAUGAUGCUUGGCAUAGCCCGGGGAGGUAAGGAGGAUGUCAAGAGGGUAUCCACAGUAGCCUGCGUGCUGGCAGCAUGGAGGUGCAGGGAGGAGGGAGUCAAAAGGUGGGAAAGCCGGUGGCGGAUUUGAAGGUGUACAUAGUGCGAUCUGGAAGGCGUAGAUGGCGCUAGCAUGCAGAUCUUCGCAGACAUACCUUCUCAAACGCCCAGAUCAUCAUGAGGCCCAGAACGCAGAAAACAACCAAGAACGCAAUGCCAAUACUUCGGCUUCCGAGGGCGCUCGCGUCUUGCCUGAUCAUUGGGACGCAGAACCGCCCGAUGUACACAUACCACGCAUAGGCGAUGAUUCCUAUGGUUAUGAACACGGCGAGCUUGCGCAUGAUCCAUGGCUGAGGCUGGUUCCUGCGCUUCUCCGCACGUUCAUUGGCCCUCUGGAAGAUUCCGAUGCACUUGUGUUCCGUGCCAGGUCCAUCUUUUGCCUCGCCGUUGCCAUUCGCGGCCGCCAUGUACAGGCCAAUGAUGAGUCACUGUCUCAGAGUGGGACGUCGAGAAGACAGAGAGAAGCCGGAAACCGAGGGGAGAGGACGAGGGAAGGGUGGCGG